CGCAGAUGUGGCCCCCGGGCUCGAGGUUGCCGGGGAGGAGCCGAGCCCCCCCCCGGAACUGGCGCUCGCUGCUCCCGGAGCUGGUCCGGAUGGUUCCAUGGCCCCGCGGCAGGAGGGUACCCCAAAGCGAGGAGCAGGUGCUGGAGAAUGUGCUGGGGUACAUCCGGUACCUGCGGAGCAGCGUGAGCAGCGCGCGAGGGGGGGCAGGCCUCCCCAUUGGUGACCCUGUGCACGUGGGACCAAGCGCUGGUGUCACCCCAAGCCCCCCCCAUCAGAAGCUGGUGCCCUACGAGGAGGAGGAGGAAGAGGAGGGGACCCGGGGGGGUCCCAGCCCCCCGCUGUGCGCCCCCCAGCCCUAUUGGGAGGAGCUGGGCAGGGAGGAGGGGGUGUCGCUGUGUCCUCCCCCCCGCCAGGGGGCGCUGUUGGCAUCGCCGCCCCCGCCCGCUCCCCCCGGGGAUGUGAUCCGAGGUGGGUUUGGGGGGGGGAGGGGCACACAGAGGGCAAUGGGGAGGGGAGGGGCCCACGGCCCUGCUCAAUUGCAGCCCCCCCAGAGCUGUUCCCAGAGGCCUUCAUCGGAGCCCAGGAGGCACAGGCCCAUGGCAGCCCCGAGCACCCCCCACGGGGCCCAGGCCAAGGCGGUGCCGCCCCCCCCCCAAAGAAGAAGUGCGUGA